UCGCAUUUACCAUUUUUCUGUUAAUAAAAAGGGAUUCAAAGGAAAGAUUAGUGCAGCAGUUGUGGAUAGACGCAUUGCUUUUUCCUCUCACUCAAUUAUUACAAAAAUUAAAUUACAGAUCAAAGUGGGAGGAGAAAGCAGUGUGCUAUGGCAGCAGCUGCAGCAAAUAACUGGCGUUGUGUCUUAUCCACUACAUCAUCAUCUUCUGGCCCACCACUCGACAGAAAUCAUCCAAGAUUUCACAGGAUCGCUGCUUCUUUGACAGUGGCCAUGGAUUCUAGGUCUUCUCAAACGAGGAAGAAGGAAGGGCUAUCGAUACAACUUCCAGCACCAUCUAUUUCUCAAAUUGAGACCUCGAGGCUACCUGAUCUGCGAUUUGACCGUCUUCAAAUACCCGAAAAGGAUUUGGUACAUGAGGACAAGUUAGAAUUUGGGCAAUUUGUGGCACGAGAAGCUAUAAUUGAUGAAGAAUUCUGGACAGCAGCCUGGCUACGAGCAGAAAGCCACUGGGAAGAUCGAACAAAUGAUCGAUAUGUUGAUAACCACAAAAGGAAGUUUGCAGAGCAGGAGUUCCAUGCCAUAAAAAAGCGUCGAACAGGUCUACAUGGACAAAACUGUUGUUGUGUUGUUGCGGUAAGAAAGAAAGGCAAAAAUGUAAAACGCACUGUACUGAAAAGUGUAGUUGGAACUCUUGAUUUGAGCAUUCGGUGCUUAUUGCAGGGAGAGACCUUUCCAGGGGAGCGGGUGAAGGUUCCUAUCUUCCGCAGUUUCUGCCGGAGGGGCCCAAGUACAUAUGGCUAUGUCGCAAAUUUGUGUGUUGCCAAAUCAGCACGUCGCCAAGGGAUUGCAAGCAACAUGUUACAUUUUGCUGUUGAAUCAGCCAAAUCUAAUGGUGUAGAACAUGUGUAUGUGCAUGUGCAUAGAAACAACACACCUGCACAGGAACUGUACGAAAAGAUGGGCUUUGAGAUUGUUGAAGCUGCAAGCUCUCAAUUACUAGAAGAGAAGACUUACCUACUUUGUUGCAGGGUAUAAAAGUUUUUCCAAUACAAAUUCCUUAUCAGGAAACAUAGAAAACAUCAUAUACAAGAACUGUAGAAUACUUGGAUGUUUACAAGUGAUCGAAACAGGGAGGCAGAUAAGCACAACCAUUUAGCCAUACUACUAAUUGUAAACAUUGCUGUAAUUACUAUUUUCAAAAGCUCAUUUAAUCAAGCUGCUAAUAUAUGUGUCAUGAAA